GUUCAGCCGCGCAGGAAGUGUUGAACAUUUAUAGGGUUUCUGCUCUCUCCUGCUAAUUCGACAAAAUGACAAAGAGAACCAAGAAGGCUGGGAUCGUUGGCAAGUAUGGUACUCGUUAUGGUGCUAGUUUGAGGAAGCAAAUUAAGAAGAUGGAAGUAAGUCAGCACAGCAAGUACUUCUGUGAGUUUUGUGGAAAGUAUGCUGUGAAGAGAAAGGCUGUUGGAAUAUGGGGUUGCAAAGAUUGUGGUAAAGUGAAAGCAGGAGGCGCUUACACGUUGAAUACUGCUAGUGCCGUCACUGUGAGGAGUACCAUUAGAAGGUUGAGGGAGCAGACGGAGAGCUAAAUUUAUCAUUCUAUCUAUCUAGGAUUAAUGCUGUUGAGGUUCUCGAGUCGCCUUUAACUUCCAUAUAUUUUUGCGGAAUUUGUAUCUUCUAUCUUCAAACAGAAGUUGAGAAAUGAAUCAGUUUGUGGAAUCUUGAGUUGAUGAUAAUGAAUGUGGGAUAUUUGUUAUA